GCGCAUAACGUUGCAGGUAGAGCACAUUACCAAAUGCGAUGGGGCUGGGGCGACGCGUUCCCCGCCCGCCACAACUGGCACAGCCACAGCGUCAUCCGCCCUGCCCGCAACCAUCACCUGCAACUGCAUAGCGCCAAACGGAUGCGCGCCUCUUUCUUGCUUUAUCACCGUACUACUCAGAAUAUCUUCUGCGCAUGAUAUCUGGCCAUCUUACUCGAAACCCAUCACCAACCUCCACUCCGCGUCUUUGGGACGCCACCUAGCCCCGCAUGACUUCGUCGGCCCCAGCGCCCCCAUCGCCCUCGGCCAGCUUCUACGACCUGAGCGACGACGAAGAAGGCGAAUACAACACGAUUCGCCAUACAAGCAGUGGAAAGGGUGUAAAGCUGCUAUACACCAAGAGUAAAGUAUACGUACAUCCCUCACCUUCCUCCAAAGACAACAUCCCAGGCUUCGUCGCUCUCGUCCAGCAAAAGUCUAACCGGACCGUCAACGAUGCGCGUCCAACCUCCUCUUCCUCUGCUCGAAGCGUGAAUGCGUCAUCGCUGCUCCUUGCGUGGAUACCAGAGUCAAACCUCGGCGAUGCAUACGAUACAUACGUCAAGGUCGAUCUGUCCGACUCCUCGUCCCCUCCCAGACAGUCAUACCUCGUACCUCCACCUCCUACACCAUCUACACAUGCCGGAACUCCCGGUUACGCAUUUGCCCUGCCUGUCAGCGAGAUAUACUCCGUCCUCAUACGGCCACCAAGCAUCGGAUGGUGGUUCGGCAGUGUCGUCAUCAACACUCGGGCUGGAGACAGUUUCCCUGCCCUAUUCUUCCACGAUAGCGAGUGCCAGUCUACCAUAAUGCAGCGGAAGAAGCUGGCCAAGGAAAGCUUCGAUCCGUUUGGCGACGGAGGGGGCAUGUUCUGGGGCGGCGACGAGGUGCUGAGAUGGCUCAAGAGAUACGUCACAGUCGAACGGUCUGGUGCUGAUCCAAGCAUAUACCUUAUCGACCCCUCGGAAGACGACAAGCGAUCCUUUGGCAAAGAUGUCGCACCAAGGAAGAGCACCGAAGGCAAACCAGACGCGUCAUCUUCGCAGUCUGGUAAACGGGACGGUGGGAUGGAUCCGGUCACAAAAGCGCUCAAGGAAGCAAGAUGGAACUUCCUCGAGAAGCUUAGUCAGGUCACCACCUUCACGCGAAGGACUGCUCAAGCUGUGGCAGACAACCCCAAGAUUCCGCCCCAGGUUAGACGCCUGAUUCAGAACCCAGAGGUCCAGACAUUACAAGAAGAGUUCGACAGCGCGCGGCUAUACCUCGCAAGAUGGGCUAUGGGUAUUGCAGAACAAAGCGAGCGGGAACGGAACCAGCGGAUAUGGACAGCAAAGGACGUUCUGGCUAUGGAGGAGAGCGAUGUUGGUGACUUCGAGAUCCUUGACAUGGAUAAGAUGACCAUGGCCGACCGAAGAAAACCUGUCACGUUGGAAGAAUGGAAAGGAUUCUUCGACCCCAAGGGACGGCUACAACUGACACCGGACGAAGUCAAAGACCGUGUCUUCCAUGGAGGUCUUGACCCUGACGAUGGCGUAAGAAAAGAAGCAUGGUUGUUCCUUCUCGGAGUCUAUGACUGGGACAGCUCAGACGAAGAGCGCCGCGCAAACAUUAACAGUAGGCGCGAUGAGUACAUUCGGCUCAAGGGCGCUUGGUGGGAGCGAAUGGUUGAAGGGAACCAGAAUGAAGAACAAGAGGAAUGGUGGAGAGAACAAAAGAACAGAAUAGAGAAAGACGUACAUCGCACAGAUCGCAAUAUCCCCAUCUUCGCCGGCGAGGACAUCCCUCACCCCGACCCCGACUCGCCUUUUGCGGAUGUGGGCACCAAUGUUCACUUGGAGCAGAUGAAAGAUAUGCUUCUUACGUAUAAUGAGUACAACAAGGACCUUGGCUACGUUCAGGGCAUGAGCGAUUUGCUUGCGCCCAUCUAUGCAGUCAUGCAGGAUGAUGCCGUCGCAUUCUGGGGCUUUGUUGGAUUCAUGGAGCGCAUGGAGCGCAACUUCCUACGCGACCAGUCGGGCAUGCGCAAGCAGCUCAUGACGCUCGACCACCUCGUACAGCUUAUGGACCCCAAGCUAUAUCUUCAUCUUCAGUCCGCUGAGUCGACGAACUUCUUUUUCUUCUUCCGCAUGUUGCUCGUUUGGUACAAGCGCGAGUUCGAGUGGCCAGAUGUUCUGCGGUUGUGGGAGUCGCUCUGGACCGAUUAUCAGAGCAGCAACUUCCACAUCUUCAUUGCACUAGCUAUUCUGGAAAAGCACCGAGAUGUCAUCAUGGCACACCUAAAGCACUUUGACGAGGUGCUCAAGUAUGUCAACGAGCUUUCUGGUACUAUGGAUCUUGAAUCAACGCUCGUUCGCGCGGAGUCACUCUUCAAGAGAUUUCAGCGAACGGUAGAGACAAUCGACAAGAAAGGCAACUUUCCCUCCGCUCCACAAGCUCGACAACGCAAAUUGGCCGCUGCGAUCGUCGCGGGCCCCGGACCAAGUACAUCGUCAAGUGCGUCACCAGCGAAAGAUCAAGCGUCAACCUCCGGCACAGACAAGGGCAAGCAGGUUGGUGAAGAAGAGCAAGAUGAGGCGAGGGUCAUCAGUCCUGAGCUACGUGCACUGUUAAGCAGGAAGGUGGAGAAGCUUGACAAGCAGACGAUCUUGGAGCACGGCGGUGGUGUUGGCAAGUGAAGUCGACACGUAUCUCUUUUGCACUUUCGAGACGGCGUUACGGUACAGUUGGAUAUCUCUGCGGGUACAUCAGGACCUUUCAGAUCCAACAAGGCCCCGGUGGUAAGGUUAGG